AUGGGACCAUCUAAAAGGCCGUCCACCAGCUGGACGUACAAGGACGCAGAGAUGGGAACUGGUCCGCGGCUGGUUGAGAAGGGCAGGGGGUGGGGGCCAGGAGACAAGGGUACUGCCCCCUCACCUCCACCCCCAGCCCUGUCCUUCCUCCUCUUCCUGCCACUGGCCAGUGCCCUGCAGCCCACUCCACUGCCCUUUCCAGAGUUGAGGCUGGUGGGGGGCCCGAGCCGCUGCCGGGGGCGACUGGAGGUCCUGCAUGCUGGCUCCUGGGGCAGCGUCUGCGACGAUGACUGGGACGUGGUGGAUGCCAACGUGGUGUGUCGCCAGCUGGGCUGUGGCCUGGCGCUGCCUGUGCCCCGGCCCCUUGCCUUUGGCCAGGGCUGGGGCCCCAUCCUGCUGGACAAUGUGGAGUGCCGUGGGCAGGAAGCUACACUGAGCGAGUGUGAAAGCCGGGGCUGGGGCAUCCACAACUGCUUUCACUACGAGGACGUGGCCGUCCUGUGCAAUGAGUUUCAGCCCACGGAGCCCCCAACAAGGAAGGUGUUAAUCAGUAGAAUGCCCCCCACAACCCCCCAGAAUGGGAAAGGUGAGGGCAGCGUGCGACUGGUAGGGGGCGCGGGCCCGUGUCAGGGCCGGGUGGAGAUUCUGCACGGUGGCCUGUGGGGCACCGUAUGCGACGACGACUGGGGGCUCCCGGACGCCGCCGUGGUCUGCCGCCAGCUCGGCUGCGGGGAGGCCCUGGCUGCCACCACCAACGCCUUUUUCGGCUAUGGCACCGGACACAUCCUGCUGGACAACGUGCACUGCGAAGGCGGCGAGCCCCGCCUGGCAGCGUGCCUGAGUCUGGGCUGGGGCGUGCACAACUGCGGCCACCAUGAGGACGCCGGCGCGCUCUGCGCAGUCCUGGCCUCCUCCACCCUCACAGCACUGCCCCCCUCUGCCACAAGAGAAGACUGGGCCUGGCACACAGAGCCAGCAGCUACCGGAGUUGGUGCCCAGCCUUCCAGAGAGAUGGCACUGUUCACCACAGCCGCCUGGGCCGCAGGGAAGAAAAGCGGGCGGCUGCGACUGGUGGGCGGCCCUGGCCCGUGCCUCGGCCGCGUGGAGGUGCUGCACGCCGGGGGCUGGGGCACCGUGUGCGACGAUGACUGGGACUUCGCAGACGCGCGCGUGGCCUGUCGCGAGGCGGGCUGCGGACCCGCGCUGGGCGCCACCGGCCUCGGCCACUUCGGCUACGGCCGCGGCCCCGUGCUGCUGGACAACGUGGGCUGCGCCGGCACGGAGGCCCGCCUGAGCGACUGCUUCCACCUGGGCUGGGGCCAGCACAACUGCGGCCACCACGAGGACGCGGGCGCGCUCUGCGCAGGUCCAGAGGAACAAGUCCAGCAGGAUGGUUCUGAGACCACCCGGGUGCCCACUCCUCGGCCCAGGGACGGGCACCUACGUCUAGCCAGUGGAGCCCACCGCUGUGAGGGGCGUGUGGAGCUCUUCUUGGGGCAGCAGUGGGGCACUAUCUGCGAUGAUGCGUGGGAUCUGCGGGCGGCCGGUGUCCUGUGCCGCCAGCUGGGCUGUGGCCAGGCCCUGGCAGCCCCUGGCGAGGCCCACUUUGGCCCAGGCCGAGGCCCCAUCCACCUGGACAAUGUCAAGUGCCGUGGUGAUGAGAGCAUCCUGCUGCUCUGUUCUCACAUCCGCUGGGAUGCCCACAACUGUGACCACAGUGAGGAUGCCAGUGUCCUGUGCCAGCCAUCAUGACCCAGCUCGUUCUACAGACCACCUCUUCCAGGAGCCCCUCUCCUCCAGGAAGCCCUCCUCCAUGACUCCUGCAGUUCCCUCUGGCCCUCCCUCCCCUUGCCUGGGAGAGAGCCUACACAGACAGUGUGGACCCUAGUGGGGAGCCUGGCUCCACCCCAUCAACCUGUUGUGUGACCUCAGCCUGUCGUCAGCUCCAAACAGACAAUGGAGGGAAAGAAAAUGACUUUCAACUCUCCUCUUUGGUGGGCUCCUGCUAUAGAAACCUGUUCCUAUCUUCCUGGACCCAGGCCCAGGGGCCCUCUGUAAAAGGAAUAUCUCCUCUUCUGCCCCCACAUCUGUCUCCCCCACUCCCUCCGAAGAGGAAAGGCAGGAGAGGUCUACAGCUCUUACCCUGGACUGUUGGGCUGCAGAGGAACCUGGGCCGUUGCCCUGCCCUGCCCUGCCCCGAGAGGGCCUGGGCUUAGAUGGUGCUUGGCUGGACAAGGGGACUGGAGGGGCCAAAGCAGGGACAGUGGCCCCUCCCUGCAGCUGAAACCAGUGUCUCUGAUUCAUGCUGCCCCCACCACAGAGCCUCCACUUUGCAGUAGCAAAGAACCUGGGGGCCUGUAGCCACCAUUCAUAGGUGCCAAGUCAAUAAAGCAUUG